AUGGCUUCAACCACAGCCAUCUUCCUCGGUUUCACCAUCUUCCUUCUCACGUCUCUCACGGUUCACAUGGCCAACGGGCGAGAAGUCCCAACCGAGAACACCCAUUUACAUCCCGAGUGGGCUGGACAUUUUGACCGCUCGGUACUCAUCCCGGGCAUCGGCCGAGUCAUCUUCCCCAAGAAAGGCUCCCAUGCCAACCCCUUUACCUACAAUCCUGUCACAGGCGGAUCUAAUGGUGGCUUGACCGGCGGACAUAGCUAUGUUCCGAGUGGUGACCACACAUUUUUGUCCAACCCCGUUGAUGGAGAGAUCUCUGCACCAUCUCACCCAUGA